UUUCCACACUGGCUGUCUUCGUGUGGUCCAGCCCUGUUUUGUUUGGCUGAGGGAUAGGGCGAUUUUAGGCUCUCCUUUGAAAGCUACUUUUUAAAGUUUAUUCCUAUGUAGCAUAGGCUGGGCUUGAACUCAAGAACCUUCGCAAGUGCUGGGACUGCAGUCUGCUCUCAGCAAGCGUUUGAGGUCAGAAGUGGAGUAUUACCUUCUAACAUCUCUUUGGGGGGAAAAGAAAGGAGGAAAGAGAGGGUGGAGUCGGAUGUGACUAGGCCAGGGAAGAUGAGUGACUAGGUGUAUCUCAAAUUGUCAGAUUCUCUGGAUGAUUUAAACAAAUGCUUUGGAGAAUUGCAGUGGUUAGGAGCCCUGGGGUCAGACUGUUCUUUCUUAACCCCUGCUGAGCCGCCUCCUCCAAGUGUGAGCUAGGAAUAUUGAUGCCUGAUGACUUCUCGGGAUCAGCUGGUGCAGCAGGUGCUGCGCGACCUGCAGGAGGCAGUGGAGUCUGAGGGCUUGGAGGGUCUCAUCAGUGCUGCCCUGGAGGCCAAACAGGUCCUGUCUUCCUUCACCCUCCCCAUCUGCCAGAAGGGUGGCCCUGGCGCCCAGGUGCUGGAGGUGGACUCUGUGGCCUUGAGUCUGUACCCAGAGGAUGCUCCUCAGAACAUGCUGCCCUUGGUGUGCAAGGGUGAGGGUAGCCUGUUGUUUGAAGCGGCCAGCAUGUUGUUGUGGGGGCACGCCGGUCUCAGCCUGGAGCUGCGGGCCCGCACUGUGGUGGAGAUGCUUUUGCAUAGGCACUAUUAUCUCCAGGGCAUGAUCGACUCCAAGGUGAUGCUGCAGGCUGUGCGCUACUCCCUGUGCUCUGAGGAGUCCCCCGAGAUGACCAACCUGUCUUUUGCCACCCUGGAGGCCAUCUUUGAUGCUGACGUCAAGGCUACGUGCUUCCCUACUAGCUUCUCCAAUGUGUGGCACUUGUACGCCCUUGCUUCCAUCCUUGAGCGCAAUAUCUACUCUAUCUACCCUAUGCGCAAUGUUAAGAUCCGACCCUAUUUUAACCGUGUUAUCAUGCCUCGCCGCUCCACCCACGUGACCUCCAUGCUGCACAUCAUGUGGGCUGGUCAGCCCCUCACCAGCCACCUCUUCCGGCACCAGUAUUUUGCCCCUGUGGUUGGGCUGGAGGAGGUGGAGGCCGACAGUACUGCGAGCCUGGACCCUGUUUCUCCAAACCUGGGUCCUCUGCUACCACCAGCCAAAACCCUAGAGCUGCUCAACCGUGAACCCGGCCUCAGCUACUCCCGCCUGUGUGACCGCACCAGCAUCACCAAGAGCACCUUCUAUCGCUGGCGGCGGCAGACCCAAGAGCAUCGGCAGAAGGUGGCCACCCGCUUCUCUGCCAAGCACUUCUUGCAGGACAGCUUCCACCGUGGGGGCUUUGUGCCAUUGCAACAGUUCCUGCAGAGAUUCCCUGAGAUCUCCCGUUCUACCUACUAUGCCUGGAAGCAUGAGCUGCUUGGUUCUGGUGCCAACUCAGCCCAGGUUCCAGCCACUCCAUCCCUGGAGGCACUGGCUGCGCCAGAGGUGAAGAAGCCUUCAGGGGAAAAGGCUGCUGAGGAGGUGGGGUGUUCCCCACUGGAAGUAGCAAUGUCAAGCUCCGCUAGCAUGAUCUUGAUGCAGCGUGCCAAGUCUUACUUGGAGCAUUGCAUCUCCCUGAACAAACUGGUACCCUAUCGCUGCUUCAAAUGCAGGUUCCCUGGCAUCUCGAGAUCCACCUACUACAACUGGAGACGGAAAGCCCUCAGGAGGACCUCCAGUUUCAAGAUGUCCCCAGCUCUUGAAACUACGGAGUCUCUCCAGUCAGCAGAUGCCGGGAAAGAAACGCUACUCUCUUUGAAGAGUGAGGUGGGAGAGGAGGGGACAGGGAAAGCAGAAAGUGGAGCUCCUCUUACUUCCCAGGGGCUCAGAUCCUCCAGGAUGCCCUUAUCUCGUUGGCAGAGACGACUGCGCAGGGCUGCCCGCAAGCAGGUGCUAAGUGGGCACCUACCCUUCUGUCGCUUCCGCCUCCGUUACCCUAGCCUGUUACCUUCCACUUUUUGGGUAUGGAAAAGUCUUUCCGGAAGAUGGCCCCGCAUGCAGGCUCCCUCUUUGGGCCAAAGGAAGCAGAAGCCAAAGGAACUGCGGAAGCCAGAGGAACAGUGGAAGCCGGAGGAGCUAGAGGAACGGCAGAAGCCAGUUGAAUGGCAGGCUAUGGAAGCUGUUCAGAAUGUAAUGUCUGUGGCGGUUCCUCCAGUGGAAACACUGCCAGUGGCUGCUUCUCCAGAAAACACUCCAGAAGAUGCCCCAGGAGGGCCUUCCAGAGAGGGGAUCAUUCAAGAGGUAGCUAUGGCCCAGGGCCAACCCCAUAGUGGAUCCUUGCCAAGCCAGACUGUAGCAAUGGCACCAGGUGGCAGCGAUAGGCAGAUGUUGGUGAUGGACAUGCUUACCACCACUAGGUUCAAGGCCCAGGCCAAGCUGUUCCUGCAGAAGCGCUUCCAGUCUAAGACUUUCCCGUCCUACAAGGAGUUCCAAGCUCUCUUCCCUCUCACCGCCCGCUCCACCUACUACAUGUGGAAGCGGGCACUCUAUGAAGGUCUCACGCUGGUUGAUGGCUGACGGGAGGGGAUAUAGAACAUGGGAAGAGGAGGAGCUGAGUUGCCUCCUGACUCAGGCUACGAUGUCCUAGGAUGGACAGGUGGAAAUCAGCUGCCUGCUCUGACGACAAAAGCUAUAGGAGGGCCAAUUGUCUCUUUGGUUGUUGGCUGGUCACAUAUUUUUGUUGUAUUUCAUUUUUCUUUUUUUCAUUAAUUUGGGUUGGCAGGACCCCCCUUAUGCCCCUUGUCAGUGUUAAAGCUCUGUUAUGUUUGGGCCAGGGCUGCUCUCAGCUUUUACUGGGCCCACAAGGAAAGUAUCACAGCGUGGCCAUUAUCUCCUGUCAGACAGAAUAAAUAUAUAUGCUUUUUCUUUUCUUCUUAAGGGUUAUAUCUUUUUUUUUUCCCCCUCAAAAAUGUCUUCCAAAGGAACAUGAAGAUUGAGUCUGAGGCAUCUGUGUGAGUUCUGCCUCAGAUCCUCAGUGGAGAAGGACUGAGCUUCACAGAACAAAACAUGGUUGCCCCUAAAACAGGAAAGGCUGCCAGACACUGGAGACCCCAAAGAGGGCAUCCUGCACCCUCUGCUGGGGGGUCUUUUCAGGUCAUCUGUCUUCCAGCCUGGCUGCUGUUGGGGACCUGCUUUUCUGCUGAGCCUCCUCAAACGCCAGGCACAUCUUGGGCAAGGCGCUACAAGGUUACAAGGCUGGUGGGGGAUUGAAUUUUCAUUGUCCAGCAGCACAGUUGGAAAACCAAAGAAAAUAAAGUGAUACCUUGCCCACACA